GGAAGAGAAAGAGUGAAGAAAAGUUGCAAACGUUUCCUCUCUUCCUAAGCCUCCCUCCCUUACCCACCCCUCAGAGAAGAAGAAGAUAAUAUAGUGAAAAGAAGAGGAGGAGGAGGAGGAGAGAGCGACGGGACGGGACACGAGCGGGAGCGCAGCCGCCCUCCCGGCUCCGCAGCGGCGCCUCGCAGGUCCUGAAGGCGAGGGGGGCCCAAAGGGAGACGGCGUGACAACUUCCAUUUCCCCCGGAGGGAGUCGGGAGGUCGGUGGCCCCAAAAGCUUUCAGUCCCGCAUAAAGCUGGUGGAGCGAGGGAGCAAAGGUAAAGAAUGAUGUAAUGCAGUGGCUGCCCCAAAGCAUCUUUUGUUGCGGGAUGGUUAUUCCAGUCAUCUCUUUAUGAAUCAAAUGUGAGGGGCUGCUUUGUGGAAGGAGUCCUUUGCUAGAGCACAUCAACAGGAAAGAGAAAGAGACAUUCACUUGGAGGGCUCUUGCUGAAAAUGGGUUUAACUCUCCUUUUGCCAGUCACUACCAGCCUGACCUCAUACAUUUUUAGUACAAUGGAGUGGCUGAGCCUUUGAGCACACCAGCAUUACAUCAUCGUGGCAAAUUAAAGAAGGAGGUGGGAAAAGAGGACUUAUUGUUGUCAUGGCCCAUGAGAUGAUUGGAACUCAAAUUGUUACUGAGAGCUUGGUGGCUCUGCUGGAAAGUGGAACGGAAAAAGUGCUGCUAAUUGAUAGCCGGCCUUUUGUGGAAUACAAUACAUCCCACAUUUUGGAAGCCAUUAAUAUCAACUGCUCCAAGCUUAUGAAGCGAAGGUUGCAACAGGACAAAGUGUUAAUUACAGAACUCAUCCAACAUUCAGCAAAACAUAAAGUUGACAUUGAUUGUAGCCAGAAGGUUGUAGUUUAUGAUCAAAGCUCCCAAGAUGUUGCCUCUCUAUCCUCAGACUGUUUUCUCACUGUACUUCUGGGUAAACUGGAGAAGAGCUUUCAUUCUGUUCACCUGCUUGCAGGUGGAUUUGCCGAGUUCUCUCGUUGUUUCCCCGGCCUCUGUGAAGGAAAAUCCACCCUAGUCCCUACCUGCAUUUCUCAGCCCUGCCUACCUGUUUCCAACAUUGGGCCAACCAGAAUUCUUCCCAAUCUUUAUCUUGGCUGCCAAGGAGAUGUUCUCAACAAGGAGCUGAUGCAACAGAAUGGGAUUAGUUACGUGUUAAAUGCCAGCAAUACCUGUCCAAAGCCUGAUUUUAUCCCCGAGUCGCAUUUCCUGCGAGUGCCUGUGAAUGAUAGCUUUUGUGAGAAAAUUUUCCCAUGGUUGGACAAAUCAGUAGAUUUUAUUGAGAAAGCCAAGGCCUCCAAUGGCUGUGUGCUGGUGCACUGUUUGGCUGGGAUCUCACGCUCCGCCACUAUAGCCAUUGCCUACAUCAUGAAGAGGAUGGACAUGUCCUUAGAUGAAGCCUACAGAUUUGUGAAAGAAAAAAGACCAACUAUAUCUCCAAACUUUAAUUUUCUGGGCCAACUCCUGGACUACGAAAAAAAGAUUAAGAACCAGACUGGAGCCUCAGGGCCAAAGAGCAAACUCAAGCUGUUGCACCUGGAGAGGCCAAACGAACCUGCCCCUGCCGUCUCAGAGGGUGGACAGAAAAGCGAGUUGCCCCUCGGUCCACCCUGUGCCCACUCUGCUACCUCAGAGGCAGCAGGGCAAAGGCCUGCACAUCCUGCCAGUGUGCCCAGCGUUCAGCCAGCACUGUUGGAGGACCGUGCACUGGUACAGGCUCUCAACGGGCUCCACCUGUCCUCAGACAAGCUGGAAGACAGCAAUAAGCUCAAGCGUUCCUUCUCUCUGGAUAUCAAAUCUGUUUCGUACUCGGCCAGUAUGGCAGCAUCCUUGCAUGGUUUCUCCUCAUCGGAGGAUGCUUUGGAAUACUACAAACCUUCCAGUGCUUUGGAUGGGACCAACAAACUAUGUCAGUUCUCCCCCGUUCAGGAAGUAUCAGAGCAGACUCCAGAAACCAGCCCAGAUAAGGAGGAAGCUAGCAUCCCGAAGAAGCCCCAGACUACCCGGCCUGCAGACAGCCAGAGCAAACGAUUGCACUCAAUAAGAACCAGCAACAGUGGUGCCAGUCAGAGGUCUUUCUGCUCUCCGUUGCAUCGGAGUGGGAGUGUGGAGGACAAUUAUCACACCAACUUCCUUUUUGGCCUUUCCACCAGCCAGCAACAUCUUGCAAAGUCGGCUGCAGGGCUGGGCCUUAAGGGCUGGCACUCAGAUAUCUUGGCUCCCCAGACCUCUACCCCUUCCUUGACCAACAGCUGGUAUUUUGCCACCGAGUCCUCUCACUUCUACUCUGCCUCUGCUAUCUAUGGAGGCAGUGCCAGUUACUCUGCCUUUAGCUGUAGCCAGCUGCCCACUUGUGGGGACCAAGUCUAUUCUGUGCGCAGAAGGCAGAAGCCCAGUGACCGAGCUGACUCACGGCGAAGCUGGCAUGAAGAGAGCCCCUUUGAAAAGCAGUUUAAACGCAGAAGCUGCCAGAUGGAAUUUGGAGAGGGCAUCAUGUCAGAGAACAGGUCGAGGGAGGAACUAGGGAAAGUGGGCAGUCAGUCUAGCUUUUCAGGCAGCAUGGAAAUCAUUGAAGUUUCCUGAGAAGAAAAAUACUUGUGACUUGUGUUGUUUUUUGUGGGUUUGUUUUUUCCUUGUUAAAAAAAAAUUCCCUGUAAAUCUGAAAAAAUAUAUAUAUGUAUAUACAUAUAUAUUUUUUGGAAAACGGAGCUAUGGUGUAAAAGCAAAAGAUGGAUCAACAUACUUAACAUCUGCAUUUGGGAGAUCAGCUAACAUUUCUCCCAAAAGUGGAAGGGCAGAUGAUAGAUUUCCCCGUAGACAAAUGAAGAGCAGUUUUAUGCAAUAAGUUGCAUAUCCUCUUAUUCUUUUGAACAUAAAUUGUACUUGGUUUUGGAGGACAAAAUCCCCUGCCACUUUUAUGUUGGGCUACAAAGAGAUCUCAGACACUAGUCUCUGUCCAGUCCCUUCCAUAGUGCACCUUAGCGCUGAGACUGAGCCAGCUUGUGGGUCAGGUGGGUAGACCCUGUUAGGGACAGAAACCUAAUGGUAAAUCCAAAAGAAAGGAUCGCAUCAGAAGCUGGUCCACAAAUCCAUGCUCUCCUGACAGCUGAGCGAUGCAUGCAUAUUCUCUGGACAGACCAUUAGGGGACUUGCCAAGAUCUACUUUAGAGCAAAACCAGUACCUCAGACAGUAAAGAUGGGGCUUUCACCACUACCCAGGUCUGGGAGCCCAUUUUAAGCAUUGUGAGUAGGUAGGUAGCUAGUCACCCUUUUCAGACCAAUUCAAACGGUUUUUUUCCCACUUGGGCCUACACGUAGGUAAGUAAUUCCACGACCCCCCCACCCCACCCCCUUCUCAUCUUUAUGAAGACAAAGAGAAGGGAUUCCAGGAAUUUGGCAACAUACGAUUCAAGCUUAAGUUGGGAGGCUAAAUAAGUCUCCCUUCCUCUUUCUAAAUCAAAGAAUUGCUCAAUGAGAUUGUUAAUCCCUUAGAUAGAGAAUAACUUGGUUUCAA